GCAUUUUGCUGGGAAGCCACUUUUAAUGCCACAAAAUUUUUAAUUGAGCUAAUCCUAAAAACCACAUGCUGCUGCUGGCUAACGAGCCAGAUGUCAGCUGUGGCACACACAUGUUGCACCCCCCCGCCGGGUGGCAGUGCAGUGCAGUCAAAAGGCAUUAGACUGUACCUAAUGAUAAUUGCCUUGGCUCGAAAAGAUUAACCAAAGUUGGCUGCACGACAAAAGUAGACAGGAAAAAGUUGAAAACUCUCACAGAAAACGGAAACAACUCUCAUCAAACAAAAUGGAUCCCGAGCAAGCAUUCCUCACUCAAAGGAACCUGGUGGCGGAUACCAUGAAGUAUCUAGACGAUAUGGCCAAUGCCAAUAAACAGGCAGAACCCGGCAAAGAUACCAAGGCUCAGGAGGUGGACAUUUCCGAGGGUGUGACCGACGACAACUAUUUGGUCUUGGCACGCGCCCAGCGCCCCAAAAGAUCCCAACAGCGCUCCACCAAAAAGAUACACAAGACCUCGAAUCUCAAUCAGAUGUCCUUUAUGCGGCAGAUUGAUGUGACGCGCGAGGAGCGGCUGGUGGCGCGUGAGGAACGACAUUUGGUGGCUGAGAACUUUCGCAGAAUGGGCAACGACGAGUACCGCAAGUGCAACUACGACAAGGCCAUAUACUUUUACACCAAGGGUCUGCAAUAUGUGACCGAUACCCCAGUGCUCUAUUGCAAUCGAGCCCUGGCCAAGAUCAAAAAAAGGGAAUUCAAGGCAGCCCUCCUGGAUCUGGAUACGGUGGUCUUUAAGCUGGAUCCUCGCCAUAUGAGGGGCUGGCUCUAUAGGGCCGGCGCCCUGGCGCGCCUCAACAACGAACUCGAGUCCCAGGUGGCCAUCCGCAAUGCGUUUAUCUUCAACAGGGAUCCCAAGGAUCAGCGCUACAUUCAAAUGUUUGUGGAAAAAAUGCGCUCCGAGUUUUAGAAAAAUUUUUACUCUGUUUUUUAUUGUUUAUUUUUGGUUUUUAAUUGUAUUUUAUUGGUUUUUUUUGGUAGGGGAAAUUCGCUGUUAAAAAAAAACG